AUAAUGCACUUGCUCUGUGCAAUUCUUACUUUGCUAGCAGCCGGGAUAGAAGAUAAUAGCAAAUAAUGUUUUCCUACUAUGUUCACUUGUCAGUUACGUUGUCAGUAGGGAGGCGGGGAAGGCUAAUGCACCUCUAGAAUUAUAUGCAAACAGAGUUAUAAAUUUUCUAAACUAUUUGUGCACAAGAAUUUUUGCAAAGCAACUGGCACUCUAAUCCAAACAAUUAGCAUUAAGCUGUAAAAAUUUCAAGCACCCAAAUUUAGCUUCCCCUUUAGCGCGGCUCUUAUUUUGUUCAGCUCAGGGAUCCAAUUGGACACCAGAUUCAUAUCUUUCACAAGCAGCCGUGUUGCUGCUGCCAAAGGGUCUUUGGCAUCCCUGGACUUCUCAGAUGUCUUGUAGCCUUUAUGGUGUCAAUUUCCACUUGGGUGCAAAUAGUUCUUCUGCCCUCCCCAAGGACUGACGUCACUGACGGCAAGUGCAUUUAGAUGCUCAGCAAAUGUCUGCCUGGAACUUCAUUAUUUUACUGUGCUUUCUAAAAAAAAGUCGAGAGCGGACUGCUCUUCUUCGAUACCUAACUUGGAGAACUCUAAAUGGAUUGAGCCUGAUGUUUUGACAAACACCAGGCUUAUGUCCCUCAGGAAACUGGCUGGCGAAGUCCUCUGAAUAGGCUAUUUUCAUUGAUAUCAUCUAUGUGUCUGUGUAAAUAGGCAGAAUGACUGCUUCCAACAAAAAGUCAGUGGUAAACUCCUUGGCCAAAAUAUUUGACCCGAAUGCUUUACAAAACCAGCGACCUUCUAGUGAAGAGGAAGACUCACCUGCUCCCCAAAUUUCAAGCAAGGAUGUCAGCCCCCCUGAACAAAUGAGUGGGCUGGAUAUUGCUUCCUUGGAUCAGAAAAUAAGCAGGUUGUUGACUGAGCAAGACAAUGUCCUUCAGAAGUUGGAUUAUGUUUCUCAGGAAAUCUGCUGUAUGGAAAAGAACAUGGAGCUCCUAAAGGAAAAAGGAAGGGACUCUGGACUUCGACCGUCUGCCAUAACACCAGAAAAGCCGAAUGGUUCUGAUGUCACAACAUUAUGCCUAGAAAUUGACAAGAAGCUCGCCGACAUGAACAGGAGCGCCGAGCAACAAGCCAAAAGGUUAGAUGGACUUGAGCAAUUAGUCCUGGGAGUCCAGCAACUCGUUGGCUGUUUGGUAGAAAAACUGAAGACUUCCACCAUCACAGACCUAAUACGCAGAAAUGAAGUUCCUCAUAACCUCCUUAGAGUCGGUGGCUACCUGCGGAAAGACAGAUCGGGGAACCUUUUCAGGAUGCAGACAUUCUCGGACAAAAAGGAUGCGCUGUUCAGCAAAUGGAAUGAAAAGGAAAGAAAGGGAACAAAAUUGAUAAAGAAGAAGAAACCACCAGACUCCUCAGAGGAAUCUGAUGGGAGCCCAGAAUCGUAUUCCCACACAGAAAAGGUCCAUAAACUCAACAAGGAGAAUACUGAGAAGGCAAGUGCUCUUUUUGUUCAGAGAAGUUCCCUUAAACCUCAUACUCAUGAGUCAAAGGAGAACGCGGAGGACAGCCAUAGCAAAAAUUGGAAAGGCUCGCUCCCGAAGACAACAGGGAAAAAACUGGCAGAAGCAAAGGCCGUUUGUAAAAAAUCGAGUAGCGACGAUACAAAGAGUGAUGCUUUGGGAGUUGUAAAAAAGCACCAGAGGUCUGAAGAAAGCCCAGAGAAAGCAGGAAAAGAUGUUGAAGGAACAGAUACUAGCAGAGAUGAAGAAACAGAAGUACCAGAAACUACAUCCCCAGGUGAAGAUACAGCAGAAGAUCUUAGCAGUCCAUCAAAAAGCCAGAAUCAAGAUGUCAGGCAUAAGGACAGUGAAAAGGCCUCAUUCCCUCCAAAAGAUGAGCAGAAUGGCAGCAGUAAGCGUCGCGUGAAUGACUUUGGUCUUACCAAGGAGGAGAGCAAAAAGAGCAGGGUAGAUGCAGCGAAUGCCAAGGAUGGACACAAACCAAAAGGAGCGACUAAGCCAAAAGAGGCAGAGCCUGCCUUGCCUGGGAAAACAAAUGGAUCUGAUUCCACACCCACGAAGAAUGAAAAUAAGCAAGAAGCUUCAAUAGGAGACAAUAUUACAAUUGAGUGUAUCUCCCCUCCAGCGGCUCCCUUUGAUCAUCGGAUCGUCUCAGCUAAAAGAGCAGGGAUCCAUAGCUAUUAUCAUGUCCACAAGGGCGAAGUUUUGGGAGGCGGACGAUUUGGCCAGGUGCAUAAAUGUGAAGAAAAAGCAACGGGUCUCAAAUUAGCCGCCAAAAUUAUAAAAGCAAGAGCUGCCAAGGAAAAGGUAAGGGACGAAGUAAAGAAUGAGAUCAAUGUGAUGAACCAUUUGAACCACGUGAACCUCAUUCAGCUGUAUGAUGCUUUUGAGUCAAAACAUGACAUUGUUCUCGUCAUGGAAUAUGUGGAGGGAGGAGAACUGUUUGAUCGAAUUAUUGACGAGAACAGCAACUUGUCAGAGAUAGAUACCAUCUUGUUCAUAAAGCAGAUCUGUGAAGGGGUUCAAUACAUGCACCAGAUGUAUAUCCUCCAUUUAGACCUGAAGCCUGAGAAUAUCCUGUGUGUGAAUAGAGAGACAAAUCAAAUCAAGAUUAUUGACUUUGGGCUGGCAAGGAGAUAUAAACCAAGGGAGAAGCUUAAGGUCAACUUUGGCACUCCAGAAUUCCUCGCUCCUGAAGUUGUAAACUACGACUUUGUAUCGUUUCCUACCGACAUGUGGAGUAUAGGUGUCAUUGCCUAUAUGUUGCUUAGCGGAUUGUCUCCCUUUCUGGGCGAUGAUGAUAAUGAGACUCUGAACAACAUCCUGGCUUGUCGGUGGAGCUUUGAUGAUCAAGAAUUCGAAAAAGUGUCGGAGGAAGCUAAAGACUUCAUCACUAAGCUUCUCAUUAAGGAAAAGGGCUGGAGGAUAAGUGCAACCGCAGCCUUAAAGCAUCCUUGGCUAUCUGACCAAACACUCCAUUGCAAAUUGCAAUCUAAGAAAAAGGCUAAGGCUUCUGCUGGAUCUCAGGCACCUGUGACUCCAUAAGCUCUUUGAGAAAUGGAAG